AUGUCGCACUCCGUGUCCAACAGCAAUGGCACGGCGGUACACAGCGGCUCUACGCCGAAGCCAUGCGAGUUCAGUGUUCCCUGCAAAGAGAACACCGGCUGGAGAAGGGUGGUGAGGAACUUCACUCCAUCAUGGUUCGCUGUCUGUAUGGGAACAGGCAUGGUUUCGGUAUUGUUGCACAAUCUCCCUUACAAUGCGCCAUGGAUUCAAUACCUAUCGUACAUCUUCUUUGGCCUUAAUGUCGUUCUGUUUGUUAUCUUUACUCUUAUAUCUGUCGCCCGGUACACACUCUAUCCUGAGAUAUGGACUGCCAUGAUAGCGCACCCGGCGCAGUCUCUCUUCCUCGGGUGUUUUCCCAUGGCGCUUGCUACUAUCAUCAACAUGAUGGUGUUGUGCUGUAAGCAGUGGGGAGAUGGGAUGAUCUAUGUCGCCUGGGCGUUCUGGUGGGUGGACAUCUGGCUGUCAAUUGCGACUUGCAUCAGCAUGCCCUUCAUUGUCAUGCACCGCCACCGUCCCGGUCUUGAGAACAUCACCGCGACUCUACUUCUCCCUAUCGUUCCAACUGUUGUUGCGGCUGGCACGGGAGGCAUCGUGGCCGAAGUACUGCCCAACCACCACCACGCCUUCACAACUGUCAUCGUUUCUUACGUGCUCUGGGGCAUCGGCACAUCUUUCACAGCCUGUGUGCUAGCGCUGUACUUCCAUCGACUUACCAUCCACUCCAUCCCGCCCAAGGAGGCUGUUGUAAGCUCAUUAUUACCAAUAGGCCCUCUAGGUCAGGGUGGCUUCGGCAUCCAGCAGCUGGGCAAGGUAUCUCUGCACCUGAUCCCUAAGACCAAUGCCUUUGGCGAAGCUGGUGAGCGAGCCGGGGAGGUGCUGCAUGUUCUGGGUGUCUUCUUAGCCCUGGUAAUGUAUGGCUUUGCUCUCGUUUGGCUCUCGUUUGCCCUCAUUAGCAUCGCCACGACCCGUCCAAGGUUUAAUAUGGGAUACUGGGGCUUUACGUUCCCUCUCGGCACACUGGCGACAUCCGCGAAUGCCUUGUCUGAGACCCUCGACAGUGACUUUUUUAGAGUUGCUACAAUGAUAAUCUCCCUUGCAGUGAUAGUGCUGUGGAUGUUUGUUGCAACUAUGACUGCAACAGACGCGAUUACGGGUGAGAUGUUCCAUGCGCCUUGUUUGAAGGACAUUCAAGGAAAGUCGCCAGUUGGAGGAAUCGAUAGAACCGCCUAG